GUUCAGGUAUUAUCACUGGUAUUCGAGAGUUUCACCAUAAACUUGGGCCGAAAAUAGAAGUGCACAAAUAUUUUUGACGUCACUGCCUUUUCCGCAGCGGCCAUCAUAAUAUUGAUACCUCGUGGGGAACUAUCCCACAUUUCUAAGGUAAAUUUUUAUUACAUCUGUAUUUAUUAGCUGUAUCUCAUAUAUUUAGUUAAUAUCAUUGUUUAUUUGUCAAUUUAUUUUCGACCGUGAAAUGUAUGCAUACACUUGCUUUGGAUCCCAUGUAACCGUUAAGAUGGCUCUCUCGGUGAAGACUCAAGGUCCAAGGUGGAGUAACUUUUUCCAAGUUUUGCAAGAUUCAGGUGAUCCUCGGAAUGUCACCGUAAAAGAGUGAUUAUCCAAAGUUAUUAAGCAGAUGUUCCUUAGUUUUUACCAGUUUUGUGUACUCUUACUUGUCCUUAUAAAUUUAUAAAUUUGUGUGGAUUUAGUUACAAAUGUGUGUGCAUUUAGGCACACACUAAUACUAAUACUAAUACUGUCACUGUUAGUGUAGUUAUAAGUGUGUUGAUGGUUCUGUGGUCACUGACAGUGACUAGUACUAGUACAAAGCGAAGGGCCUAGGGAAAGGCCUAGGCUUGCCGGUCAUGCUGACAGAAAAUACAGAAUACUGAAAUUUUUUUGGUCUGUUGCCGUUGGCAAUUGUUAAAACUAAAACAUAUCUCACUCAGAAUUUAUUAAUUUCAUUCAAUCGCUGCACUGUGCCAACCCAACUUGUUGGAUAGAGUUAUUUUAUUGCAUAUUAUAUAUUAUUUACAAAUUUUUAUUAUUAAUUGGUUUAAUUUACAUUCAUUUCCUUACUACUUAGCAGAGCAAACUUAUAUGUAAGUCAUGUCCUAAACAAUAUUUAAUUCCUAUCUGAUGUGGAUGCUAUAAAUUUUGGGUGUGCUGUAGAAAUUUUUAUUUCAAAUGCAUUUGACCUGUCUAGCGUUACUUUUACCCACAAUUAAUAUUAAUAUUAUUAUUACAGUGGCCUUAUUUAGUGCUGUUCCCCAGCCUAGGGCAGGGCUCACGAUGGCACAUAAAUGUAUUAACAAACAUAAUGACAUUUUUAAAAAAGCCGUAUAAAAAACCCCCAACAAAAACUAUUUUCAACCCAGAACUAUUCAAAUGUCAAGUCAUGGACGGCACCCAGCAGCAUCGUAUAUCGGAUCGGCAUUAUCGGUCAGAGGGGAGUGGGAAUCAGUGGGAUAGUAGAGUUUGUAGAGAUGUAUCCUGAGGGCAGUUUUGAAGUCUUGGAUGGUCGGUAUAUUGUAGAUGUGUAGUGGGAGAGUUUUCCAUUGUUUGGGGGUGCAGAAAGAGAAAUAUCGUUCACCUAUGUUUUAGUGUGUGGCGUGUCUGCGGAGGAACAAAGGGGUGAAUAGUAAUAGGGAAGUUGGGUUGAUAGAAAGGGCAGGAAUCUGAGUAAAAGUUGUGGCAGAGAACAUAGUUUGAAGUCAAUGCGUGCUUAUUAAGGGAGCCAGUGGUGUGACAUGAUCACGUUUUUUUGCCGUAAGAAAUAACCUAGAAGCUGAGUUUUGAACCUUUUGUAGUUUUUCUAUGUUGUGAACGUGACAGAAGAGAGUUGCAAUUGUCAAGACGAAAGGGAACGAGCACUGACUAGGGUUUUUGUUGUGCUGUGAGUUAGUGGCAGAUGGUGCUGAUCUGACACAUUUGUAAGGAUAAGCUGAUAGCAAAGUCAAAAUUUUUGGCCUACCGCUUGUCAUUUUGCAACCUAAUCUACUCAUUAGGAAUAUCUAUGACUUAGGCACCGUUCAUAAAUGAUGUCAUUCAUCAAAUGGGGGUUUUGUGAAUUUGUGACAAUGUCAGUACUUGGACAUUUUUUAAAAUGAAUUUAUAGCUUUAUGAUUUGAGACGUAGUUAUUUUGAUAGGGCUUUAAAACACCAAUUGAUUGAUAAUUUUAUAGUUGCACAAAUUUUUUAAAAACGUUUAUUGAAUCAUACUAGUAUAAGUUACAGUAUAAGAAAAUACAUAAAGUGACUAUAAAGAAGCUGGGCAGAGACUUUUUGAGAGAGCUGCCACUCCUUGGUUAUAUGCUUUUUCAUAUUUCUGAGCUUCGAUAAAUGUUGAAAUCCAGGGAAAAUGCAUGGAGGAAAUAUGCCCCUGUGGUCACUGUUUUAAAGCUUAAAUUAAAUUGGGGGGUGGGGUUGGGGUGGUUGGGAUUUAUCUGACCAUUCUUGUAAAUAAUUGGAUGUAUUUGUAUUUAAACAGUGGUUAUCAUGAAAAUUGCUACUAGUGGAGAUUGUGUGAGAAAAAUUAAAUAAUUUUAUUUAUGGGUAGCCCCUUGUGUAGGUAUUACAACUCGUAUUUUCAAAUACAUCUCACAUACACAGAGAGCAUAUCAUUGGAAAGAGCUGGCUUUAAGCUUUCCAAUGAUAAUCUAUUUAUCACUUAUAGGAGAAAAGUUAUGAAUUUUUUAGUGCUUUAUUUUUCCCCACUAUUUGGCUUUGUAGUUAAUUCUGAAAACUCAAAAAAAUUAUUACUCUUUUUGUACGCUUUUGUUUGUAUCGUAAUGGCUUUUAAAGUUAGAGUGCUGAAAUUUGGAGGAAACAUCUACAAUACAAUGGUUAACAAAACACACAAAUUGUAAAUUAACUUAUUAUAUCUUAUGCAAUAUUAUUUUAUGAGCAUUUGAUGGCGCUGUCGAAAAAUUAAUUUUUAUAAAAUAUUUGCACAAUUUUUGAACCAGUAAAGCUUUUGCUAUAAAAUUUUUCAAUACAAAUAGAUAAUUUCCAUAUAAAAGUAAGGCAAUUUUAAAAUAAUUAAAAGGCAAAAUCAGAAAAUUUAAAAAAUGGUUCAUAAACAGCAACCAGGGCGUAGUCAUGUUUUUUUACAUAUAAAUACAUAACUUUUAAGCUAAUAAAGCUACUGCAAUGAAAUUUUCAUUGCAAAUAGAUAGUGUCAAUCCAAAUGUACAGAUAUUAGACUAUUCAAAUAAAACAAAGGCAAUUAAAAUCAUGCUAUGCAAAAUUCAACAAUGUCAUGUAAUCUGUCAACAUUAAUGUAUGUUUUGAAACAUAACUUUUAAACCAAUAAUGCUAUUUUAAUGAAAUUUUUAGUAUUAACAGACAGUGACAAUCUAAAUUUAAUAAAUUAAAAAAAAAAACAACAACCCAUAAUUCACAACAUUUUAGAUACAAUUUAAUUAUAUGAAACUACAUCUCGGUCGACAUUAUUGUACCCGUACAUUUAAAUACAAAACUUAAAAUGAUCUCAUGCAGUAUAGCUAUCACAGCAACAGAUGUUCUCCUUGUCCAGCUGAAAGUAAACAAAAUGUUUAAAAAUUAAAGUUAACAAAGCUAUCUUAAAAUCCUUAGUUUAUCCCAACCCUUUACUGGCUUCUCCAACAGCUAACUUUAUGAGCCCCUCUUGUUCCGAAACGCGUUUACCCAAUAACCAAUUCAUGGUUUUGUUCACUAGGCCCUUAACCUUGGCAUCAACUAAACCGGUUGAAGCAUUAGGGGCUCUUUUAAAUUGGGCAUUGACCAUCCCUAAAGCCCUGUUAAUAUGAAUAUCAUGAACAGGGGCUGAUGAGGUCAGGGCCAUUAAUUCUGCUGAUGGAUCAUAAGGCUUAUGCUUUUGGGUUUAAAAGUUGGAAAAGCGACACUCUAUUUUCUAUCACACUUUGAUUGUUUUAAGAUUAAAAUCCAUUUUGAUUGAUACAGUGGGACCUCAUUCUAUUGAAAAUUUGGAUUUAAUCAGUCCAUUGCUUGGCUCUCCAAAAUUUCAUUUACAUUCACUGCCAUUGUGUCUUAUGCUGGAGAAUGCAAGAUUAACACAGAUUAAUUAUCUUUAUUUGAAUUACUGUAAAUGGAUUAAAAUGAAAGCCAUGAUUUCAGAGAUAUUCCACAUGCUACUAAUGACAGUAUUAGCCCUAGCUGUGAUGGCAACAAUUUUAGCCUUAAGCUUAGUUGUAUUGUAAAAAAGACAAAGUCGUUUAGGAAAGGGUGGAAAUUGAACAGAAAAAGGCAAGGGCUGUAUGUUGUAUCCCAAAGACCUACCCAAAAUACAUUAUUUUUGUGUAUCUUCUGGAGUAUUAAUUAAUAAAUAGAUUUAAUAGCUUCAACUGAAUAAUAGGAAUUUUUUUGCUUAAUCCACGCCUAACUUUUGUGUUUUGUAUGUCAUAAAUGUGAAGGUAGUGAAUGAAUAAUAUGCACAAAUAUUACGAUUUUCAAUAUAAAUAACUAUAACUUGACAUUUCUGAAAAAAUUGAUUUUAUGAUACUUAAAAUUUAAACAAUUUAUGGAGUAUUAGUUUCAGUUGAAUUCAGAAGUUGAGUGCUAAGAUUUUACUUACUCUGUAAAGGUCAAGAUCAUCAUACAUAAUAUAAAUACUAAUACUUUUCGUACCAUAAGAUGCCUUGUUCAGUGUAUUUUCAGAAAAUGUAUGCUUGUUCUCUAAAUUCAUUAAGUCUGGGAUUUUGUGAAUUUUGACAAGAAUAUGAAAAGGCUAAAAAUUGCUUGAAGCAACAUAAAAAUGUUCUUGACUGUCGUAGCUUAUAGGUAUAGGGUUAAAGAAUGGGGUAAUUUUUUGGACCAUUGAUUAGGCCUAUUUUACAUUUUUUAAAACUUAAUGCAAUUCUUUCUUUUAAUUUAUUUUGGUACAGAUACAAUGAAUCCAGAAAAAUUAAAACAGCUUCAAGCUAAGGCUGAUGUUGUCCGCAUAGGGGGCAAGGUAUGAGUUUUUUUAUAUUAGCAAGGUUAAAUAAUGUAGUCAAGUAUGUCAACCAUAUGAUUGAAAGAGACAAGAAGAUGUGAAAAGAUAGUAAUAAUGGCGUAGAAGCUCCAAUGGGUGUUCAAGAAGCAGGAGAUUUCCAAGCAUUGCCUUUAUUUUCUAAUAUGGAAGUGGCUAUUCGUAACCGGGUACCAGAAUUGAGAGGUUGGGAUUAAAAAAAUAAUAAAAAUUUUGUUGAGUUUGUAAGACAAAAUGAGGUAUUAAAUGAAAGAAUUUAAUGGACUAAAUGUUAGUAAACUUUCUUCUUCAGUGUAACUAAAGUAAACUACCACAAAUGACAUCCGAAUAGCACUGAGUCAAAGUGGACCCAUACAGGCAGCGCCACCAUUCGCACCUGGGUACCAUUAGACUCGAGCUAUUCGGAGGCCAUUUGUGGUAGUUUAUUUUAUUUAACUGAAGAUAAGCAUUUUUAUAUAUUUUUUACUUUUUAAAAAUAAUUAACUGGCAAAAACUAUUGUCAGUGCGGUUGAUUUCUGUCAUACAUUUAUAGAAAUAUAUGAUUUUAUUAUUCAGGGUUCGGCCAGAAGAAAGAAGAAGGUUAUUCACCGCACUGCCACGACAGAUGAUAAAAAGAUACAGUUCUCUUUGAAAAAAUUGUCUGUUAACAUAAUUCCAGGGAUUGAGGAGGUAUGUAUAUGGAAUACUUCAAAUCAUAUUUACCUCAUGUUCAGUUGUACUACAAAUCAUAAUAAUAUUUAGUUUCAGCAUUUUUUUAAAAUUAUAGUGAAUUGAUAUGUUUAAUUACCACUUUUAAGAGAAAAAUUACAAUAAAAUGCCAGAAAUUUAUAUUUCAUACCAUUUUGAAAAAUAAAACAAGCUGCAUAUAUUACGUUGUCCUAAGAAAUACCCGGUACCCCAUGCAUUGCGCCAGUGGUGACUAAAAUAAUUUUUCAGGGCAAGAUGUUCUUUUCGAAUAGCACUUUAGUUUUAUUUUCUAAACUAAAAUCUCCUGCUUGCUGCUUGAUAUUAGUUCUGAGGCCUUUAUUAGUCUGUUGUUUUUUGUUGUUGCUUUAGAGCACUAGAAAAAACCCUAUGUUAAUGUAUUAUUACAUUUUAAAACAAUAUUCAGUUUAGGGUUAAAUUCUAAAGCCGAUAAUCAUUUCUAUUGAUUAGUCAAAAAAAUAAGCUAUUGAAGCUUUACCUCAUCUCUGCUGUUUCUUAAUCUUUAAAAAAAAAAAGAUGUUUUUUUCCGUAUUUUAACAAAUAUUUUUAAAAUUGAAUAAUAAAGUGACCGCUUACAUGAUAAUGUCUCCUUAUCCUUAGGUCAAUAUGAUUAAGGAAGAUGGGCAAGUGAUCCACUUUAAUAAUCCUAAAGUCCAGGCGUCUUUGGCUGCCAAUACCUUUGCUAUUACUGGUCAUGCUGAGAACAAACGUAAGUUAAUAAACUAAGUUAUUAGGUGUUAGUAAGCUAUAUGAUUUAUGAAAGGUUGAUAAUUUAAUGUUUUUAUAAGCAUAAAUUAAUAUAUGCAUUUAGUCUAAUCAGGGCCGGAUUAAGCCAUCUUGGUGCCCUAGGCACAAAGCCACAUGGGUGCCCCCUACUACCUCGGGCCCCCGAUCUUUACUGACUGCUGGUAUGUUCAAUAUUAUGCAAAAAACUAAAAAAAACAGUUGUGAAAUGUAAACACAUAUGUUUGUACUACUAUCGCUCAUAUAAAACCUACAAUAAGGUAUUUCUGUAUUAAAAUUAAUAGUUCAUUAAUUUUGUAAUAAUAGUAGACAAAAAUACUGUAAUUUUUUUUAUAGACAAUAAAGUCAGAGAGAGCACAAAUUUACAUUUUAAAGUUCUUUUUUCUAGAUUUACGUCUGGCACAGUUUUUGGGUACAUCAUCAAAGUUAAUUUUGCGCAACAAGUCUGUCUCAAUCAUCAGCAAAAAUAAGGAAUCAAGCCUUUCUUGUUUCAUUGUUGAUCUACUUGGAUUUUUUUGUACGCUUUAAACUGAGAAAAAGAGCGCUCAGUUGAACAGUUUAUAAACAUUAAUUUUAAAAAUAUGCGCAAGGUGAUUUCUACAUUUGGAAAAGCACACUCGAUGUUGUCUCUAUUACUUUGUAGAGUUCUGCAUGACUGAACGUUUUGUUUUCAGAUUUUGAUGCACGAAACGUGUGACGAAUAUAUAAUAAUAAUAAUAAAGUUCAUUUCAAAAACACGCUUCAUCCCCAAAGGCUCGAAGCGCGGUACAAAGUCAACAAAAAACAUAUCUAUAAUUCACCACAUUUAAAACAAACGCAACACUACAAAAACUAAUUACAAGCAUACAAUAUCAAAGUCUUUCUAGCCAUUUCAACCCGGAGCAACACAGCAACACAUGGAAAAUAAGGUAGACAAUAAUCCCAGAAGGUAUUUGCGAAAUAGAUGUGUCUUUAGAUCGGUUUUAAAGGACUCCAGUGUCUGGUUGUUUCUAAGAUCGACAGGAAGGGCGUUCCAAAUUGUUGGACCAGCAAAUGCGAAAGUGCGCUUUCCGUAAGUCUCAAGGCAAACACGUGGUGUCGAGAGUUUGCCACUAUCGGAUGAGCGGAGCUCUCUAUCCAAAUUGUUGGACCAGCAAAUGCGAAAGUGCGCUUUCCGUAAGUCUCAAGGCAAACACGUGGUGUCGAGAGUUUGCCACUAUCGGAUGAGCGGAGCUCUCUACUGGGUACAUAAGGCGUCAGCAGCUCUUUCAGAUAGGACGGCGCCAGGUCAUGUAAGCAGCGGUAGCACAAAGUUGCGAUUUUGUACUCUAUGCGAGCAUGCACCGGCAGCCAAUGCAACUCUCUCAGAAGUGUUUUUGAGUGGAACUGUUGUAGUUCAGUAUAUAAAUUAUUGUUCAGAUCUUCAGGAUAAGCAUUUAUUAGUCCUUCACAACACUGAGAUGUUUGUGGUACAUCAACCAAACAAGAAAAUCGGACUGCUAGAUCAUUAUAUACCUGUCCUCGUCUACUCAUCUCUGUCUCAAGUUUGUCACCAAUGGUGUAGAAAGCAGAUAUAUAAAAUUUGUCUCUUGCAUUCUGAGAUACCUCAGGGGCACCACCAUCAUUGACCACUGCCUUUCGUUUACGAUUAUGGGUCAAAGUUGACUUAUAAUCCACACCUGGUGUUAUUUCUUUUGCAGCUUCUUCAAAUCUUUCAAAUUCAUUCCUAGAUUCAUGCAAGUGAUCUGCUAGUGAAGAAUACAAAUCAGCAAACGUUUUCUAGUUCAAGUGCUCAUUUUGUAGACCUUGACUGAUCCUAUUCACAAUUGUUUUCACUAGCAGACCAAAAUAGAAGUGAAUUUGUCACUACACAUUAGUGCGUUACGUAGAACAAACAUAUCCCAGAAAAAUAACAAAAAAAACUGGGUGGGGGGGUAUUUUACCCCGGGGUUGUGGGACCAAGGUUAAAUAAUGUGCGAUUCAAUAUUACAUUUGCGAUUUCCUUAUGCCAUGCAAUUACGCUAUGGGGACAAUAUACACAUUUUUCUUGAGGACUUUUGGUGCCCCCCCAAUGCUUUGUGCUCUAGGCACGUGCCUUGUUUGCCUAAUGGUUAAUCCAGCCCUGAGUCUAAUACCCGGUACUUUCAUUAUACUAUUUUUUUUUCAAUUUGCUUUUUCAGAGAUUGCAGAGAUGCUGCCUGGAAUCUUAAAUCAGCUAGGAGCAGAAAGUUUAAGCAGCUUGAAAAAAUUAGCGUCUACUGUAGCGAGUGGUGUGUAACAUGUCCUUAAUCCAAGUACCAGUUAAUUUUGUGGUCUAAUUUGAAUUGCGGUUACAAGUGUUUUCUAUUUUAAGAAGUUCAUUUUAAACAAAAACAUUUCCUCUGGGCUGUCUGUUUAGAUAUUCUUGUCUAAAUGACUGAUACAUGUAGGAAAUAAAUUCAUAGGCCCUUUCAAGUAUUUAAUUUGCUUAAGGAUCUGACUAAUUCCUUUGAUGAUGUGUUAUUUUAAGGUGAAUUUACUAUUUUACAAAAGUCAUGUUAAUUUAACUUCAUUUUAAAAUUUUUUAAAAAUUUAUCAAUUUGUAAUAUCGGUACCAAAAGAAAAGUUAUUGGAUGUAUAAUUUCUAUUUAAUGAGUUUUAGUACCAAAGAAUUACUUAUCACCCACUAGUUUAAGAAAACCCUUAUCCAUUUAUGGAACAUUAAAUGUAUUUAGCCUUUUCUAUUGGAAUAACCCAAAAGAUGAAAUGGUGGUCUUCAGAAACUGCAUUUUUUUCCUUCAGAAAUUUUCAGUUACAGCUCUGGUUCAUAGCCAAUAUUUUAUUAUCAUUAUUUUACUAAUCUUAAAUUUACUUUUUUUACAACCGCAGCUGCUGACAGUAACAAACAGACAACAGCAGAUGUUGAUGACGAUGAUGAUGUCCCUGGUAUGUAAAGAUGUAUAAAGUUUAGCCAAUUGGUAGAUUACUUAAAGCCUUUCUAUUAAUCAACCAUUGUUUAUUUUUUAAAGAAAAUUUUGUGGGCAAAGCAGUGUCUGGUCCACAUUUUGAAUUUGAUAUCAGUGCUCUAAAGUAACAUAAAAGUAUCAUCAGGUUUGUCGUUUAUGACCACCUGGGUAUUGGAUCUUGAUGAGGGAUUAAAGAUACCUUUUCUCAAAUGCUUGCUCUCUGAAAUACAACUUCUCAUAAACAUAUGUUACCAGAGUAGUGCUCACUACUGUUUCCCCACCUGAUUUUUAUAGUAAUUAUAAUAGAUUACACUUUCUGAAUGUAAUUACAAAAUAGUAUGCUAAAUUACUGGUACCAACAAUUUUCAAUUACUGGUAGAAAUGUCAAGGAAUCAGCUUAUUGGAAUUUCUUUCAAAUCGCUCCACAGAGCUAGUAGAGAACUUUGAUGAAGCUUCAAAAGAUGAGAAUGUUUGAGGCAGAGGGUUGUUCCUGUUGUGCCCAAGGCCCACCUCUGAAUGGACACAUACCUAAAGUGUACAGCUGACUUUUGAUUUCAUACUAAAAUUAUACACACAGACACCACAAUAAGACUAAGAAGUGCCCGUAUGUGCAUAGUUUUCUGUUUAUGUUGCUGCGCCUUGGCUCAGCUGGUUUGAUUGUGAUGCAAGCGAUAUAUAUCAAAUUGUCAUGCAAGAGAUAUAUCAAAUUGUAGCAAGUGUUUGUAUUGUAAUAAUAAAAUCUCAAUUUUUUCAUUUUCUAGAAGUGUUUUCCUGCUGGAUUUCUUUUGUGUUGUAUGGUUGCUGCAAAAUUAAACACUUUUACCACACUU